AUGAACCCAAUGUGCUUGAUGAUGGCUCACAUCUUAAGAUCUCACCUGAUAAAUGCCACAGCGAUUUCUAAUCAAAUGAAAAUGCUUUCAUAUCUUGGUGUCAUUAGGUAUAGAAUGAUGUCAACCCACAAAUCCCAAAAGAUCAGAGAAUAUUAUAGGCUGUUGAAUCUUGAUGAAGAAUGCUCUGCGGAUGAUGUCAGAGAAUCUUUUCGUAAGCUUGCCAAGCAAUACCAUCCAGACAGUGGCUCUAGUACAGCUGAUUCUGCAACAUUUAUAAGAAUUGAAGAAGCUUAUAGGAAUGUGCUUUCCUAUGUGAUAGAACAAACAAAUGCCAGACAGAAUAAAGCUGAAGAUGAGGAAGAAGAUAAAUUCAAAUAUAAAACUCCCCAACACCGGCAUUAUUUAAGUUUUGAAGGUAUUGGUUUGGGAACUCCAAGUCAACGAGAGAAGCAAUAUAGGCAAUUUAGAGCAGACCGUGCAACUGAGCAAGUGAUGGAAUAUCAAAAGCAUAAACUGUAUAGCCAACACUUUGCUGAUAGUAUAAUUGUUAAAGAUGUAAGAGAGAGUAAAAAGCAAAAGAUAACACAAGCAAUUGAGCGUUUAGUGGAGGACCUCAUUCAGGAAUCAAUGGCAAAAGGAGACUUUGACAAUCUCAGUGGGAAAGGAAAACCUCUAAACAAAUUUUCUGGCUGUUCAUAUAUUGAUCCUAUGACUCACAACCUGAAUAGAAUAUUGAUAGAUAAUGGAUAUCAGCCAGAAUGGAUACUAAUGCAAAAGGAAAUAAAGGAUACCAUUGACCAACUCAGAGAGGCAAUCUUAGUGUCAAGAAAAAAACUUGGGAAUCCAAUAACACCAACUGAACAGAAACAGUGGAAUCAAGUAUGUGAGCAAUUUCGAGAAAACAUCAGAAAACUAAACAAACGAAUUGAUGAUUUUAAUUUAAUUGUGCCCCUCCUGACCAGGCAAAAAGUCCAUUUUGAUGCACAGAAAGAAAUUGUCAGGGCCCAGAAAAUAUAUGAAACUCUUAUAGAAACAGAAGAAGUCACAGAUAAAAACCCAAAUGUCAUUGAUCAGGGAGAAGGGGAGAAAGUACCUGAAGCCACGACAGGUUUUUUUAAAUGGAUGAAUUUGUGGAAAUUUAUUAAAAUAUGA